GAUUACGCACUGCAUUUGUUUUCAAACGGUCUUGGCUUCUUACUGAAGGUAAAGCUUGAAAGUGUGUUGACAAGUCUCGUGUUUUAAUUCUCUGUUCGAUGAUGGAUUAUUAUCAAGAUUAUCACGAAGACCCGAGAAUUAUUGCAGGAAAUGGCCAAGAUAACCGAGGAACUGCAGGUAUUCCUGGAAGAGAUGAUGACCGAAAGUUAUUUGUAGGUGGUCUGAGUCGGCAAACUACUGAUAGAGAGCUUAAGGAGCAUUUUGGAAAAUUUGGAGAGAUUGAGAGCGUCACUGUCAAAGUUGAUCCCUAUACAGGUCAGUCUAGAGGCUUUGCUUUCAUUGUAUUUGCAAACCCCAAAACUAUUGAUAAGUUACUGACAUCAGGAGAUCAUUAUAUCAACAAAAGGAAAGUAGAUCCCAAGCGGGUAUCAAAGAAGACACAGCAUGGGAAAAUAUUUGUUGGUGGCUUGACUCCAGAUAUCUCUGAUGGAGAUAUCCGGAAUUACUUCUCUCAGUAUGGAACAAUAGUGGAAGUGCAAGCACCAUUUGAUAAAGUAAAGAACCAGAGGAAGGGUUUCUGUUUUAUCACAUUUGAUUCCAAAAAUGUUGUAUACCAACUUCUGAAAUCCCCUAAACAGUACAUCAAUGGCAAGGAGGUUGAUGUGAAGAAGGUGAAGAUCAACCCUGAAACUAUGGGUGUUGGAGGACGAGGUGGAUUAAGGGGUGAUACACGAGGCUGGGGAGCAGCCCAUGCUUAUGCUGGAUAUGGCUAUGAUUAUGGCACAGGGUAUGGCAGUACAGGUUAUAACAGCUAUGAUUAUGGUGGUCCAUACAAUGAUUAUUCUGGCUAUGGCUACAGCAAUUCUGGUGCCACUCCAGGAUAUGGGAACAAACCAAGGGCAGGUGGCCGUCAGUUCCAGAGACAUCAGCCAUAUUGAAGAUGGACAUUCACGUCUUUUGCAUAUGUCAGUUUUUGCUCUAUAUAUGUUUCUUAUGUUGCACAUUAUAUAUCAGCUUUCAUCUGUUUUCAUUUUAUAAGUAAUGUUAAUGUAUUGAAUGUAACAAUACCAAUAACCCACACUGAGUGUUUUUAAUUCUGGUAUAUAGCAGUCACCACUGUUUUAUGUGGAUACAGUGCAGUGUUGUGUGAAAUUCAUGAACAACUGACUUAAAGAAAUCUGUGUCAUUAUUUGAGUGAAAGUCAUUACAAAUUCUUCAGGAAUCUCUGCCAGAAUUGUGUCGCCAAGUAAGAAAAUUAUUCUGAACUCAUUAUUCUCUCGGAAUUUCGAAAGAUGUGUAAGACUGUUUCAUUUAUACUCUUUAAAAAGUGAUUAUUGGAGUUCUUUUGUCUUUUCUGUCCGCCUGUCUGACAGAUCCGUUCAAAUUGAUUUGCCCAUAGCGAUGACUAGAAUGUGUGAGAUUGAAUAACUUAUCUUACGAGUACGUAACUUGCAAUGUACAAAUUCCAGAAUAUGAUCAAUUUUCUGCCGGUAUACACUUUGACUGCCAUGCUCGUUUACAGCCAGGCACAGAAGUAAACAUGAAACGUAUGAAUAUGUGAAUGCUACAUGCAUGGUGUUCAUACAACUUGAAAAAAUUUAUAACUUUAAACAGCCAUAGAAAUUUGUUAAAAGUGCAGAGUGUUCCACAGUCAGGGAAUUUUGUAAUAAUUUAUAGAAUCUUGAGAAAGAAGCACAUAGGUUUCAGAACGGUCGCGAUAUCCAUCGCAAAUAACAGCUUUGAUUGCUAUUAACAAGCUAAUUUGUAUCAAUCUGUGUGUUUCAUAUGAGUGUAAUGGAUUUUGUGACAUUCAGUGUCAAACUUUUUUCUAGUGUAUAUUUUCAAUCCCACAAUGAAGUAAGUUGACCUUAGACUACAUAAUUAGACUCAUAUUUAAUAUUGGACAAGAGAUAAACUGGGUAAGGACCCCAAUAGAUGUGUAGUUUAAGUGUGUACCAGAAGAGACCAAUGUCUAAAUAUUCUCUUCAUAGUGAAUGGAUUGAUUUAUACAAGGUAUCUUGGAACAACUGGAGCAAGACUCGUUUAAAAUUGAUUGGAUUUUGAAAUCACAUAUUUGUAUUGAGGUGAAAGUCAUAAAUGGGAUGAAACCACUAAUUAUAUGAAUAUGGUUUGUAAAAUGUAAUAUAGUUGCAGAAUGGGAUAAAACAGAUUUAGUCAGAUUGUUGUGUUGUAAUUGGAUUAUAUAUUUUUUUUAAGCUGGAAACAUUUUUUUUUAACUCAGUGAUUCUCAAGUUUGAAUUUUUGUAGCUUGUGUUUACCAAGUAGUAAUUUGAUAAAGCUUCACUAACAGAAACAAGUAAAAGUGACUUUUCAUGUGAAGAUAUGGGACUAAGUUUUGUAGGGGGGGGGGAAGACAAAAAAAAAACAUUUCACUGCAUACUCAGAAAUCAGUUCUUUGAAAAGUUCCCUUACAUUUUCUUUUUGAGCCUAGUGUAUUUCAAUAUUUUCACUGUUGGGUUGAAAUAGUACCUUUGUAGUAAUGCCUUUUUCAGUCAUAGUGAUCUGAAAUGUUGCAGAUUUAAUUUGUGUUUUACAGUGACUAAAUUUCCAUCAACUAUAAUUUUUUUGUUUAUAUAAAGUCAGUUCAUGAGAUGUAUGAUGUUGGUAUUAUGAAAGCUAAGGUAUGCUAUUUUGUAUGUACUAGGCUACUAAGAAUACUUGCAGAACUUUACAGGCCAUCUGCGUAAUAUGUAUUUAAUAAGAUUUCAUAUAACUUCAGGAAAUUAAAAACGGUUUCCUAUGUUGGUAUUACCUGAAGUGUUUAUGAGUAUGGAGGAGAAAAAUGUUUUGAAAUUUUUUUUUUCAAUGAAGAGAAAUAUUUCACAGUGUAGUUUUCUUUGCGUAAAUCAGAACUUUACAGGUAUCAGGAAGAUGGUCAGCUGAUCCGAAAUGUGUUACGGAUGAAUUAAUAGUGUAUGAGUUAUAAUGCCACUUAUGAAUUUAGAAUAAAGCUGGGAAUUAGGACACAAUGUUACUGCUGUUUCAGACAUGACAACAUUGAAAUAAAAUAUGUAUGUCAUAUAGAUAAACUGAUUUUUUUUACCUGGUAAAAAGAAAGCUAUGCAAAUUGUACUUUGGGAGAACUCUGUUGAUGCUUGACACAAAAAUCUAAGCUCAUAAGAUGAUUUUGAAGUUUGCACGACUUAGGCGUGAUCCAUUGCAUAUUCAUUUCUUGCUCUGUCUUACGUAUGUCUCCUAGUAUCUAUAACAGUAAGUGAACCUGAGGUACAAGACCAUGUCAUGCAAUAUUGUACUACACUGUACACCCAAUUUCCAAAUGUGUAAUCUCUACUCCUGUAACAUUUAGUGUAGUAUGUAUGUCUUUCUGACCUGGGCUCUAUUAUUAGGGAUAUAAUAUUAUUGCCAUAUACAAACUGUUUGAUAUGGAGUGGAAAUAUUAGCAUUUUUUUUAAUAAUAAUAUAUUAGUUGUAGAGCUGCAAGGACAGAGUACUUGAAAGACUAAAGCUGUGGUUUUUAUGAAUUACUCUGUGAAGGACCAAUAAGGGGAAAGGGAUGGGGGGAAGUGAAAGUAACUUAGACCACAGUGUUACUAUAAAGAUGCACAUUCAUUUUUCUUCCAUUGUAUACAACCUUUUAGCAAAAUACAAGUUGAAAUAGGUCUGA